UCCGGAGGAGAGACUCACGAGCCUCCGCCAGAGCCGGUCGGCUGGCCUUCGACGGAGAGCGCGAUCGCGGGUGCCUGCAGCCGCCGCCGCCGCCGCUGCUGGGACGAUGAUGUGCGCGCGGACUCGGACAACACGCGGGGAAGCGGGCUGCUCGCGCUAGGGCGAGGCAUGGAGCACGCUGGCCGCGACAGCCGCUCGAGUCGACGACAGACGAGAGGGACUCCGCGCCGCUAGACUUAGGCAAAUGCAGGGUCCCGUCGGCCUGAGGAGCCCGCGGUGCGGCCCGUCAGCGGAAAGGACGCGGCAGGCCUCCUUCCAGCUGCUGCUGCUGAUGUUGAUGACCGUGGCGACAACGUCCGAGGCGCGACUGGCAACGGAAUCAUCGGUCUCGGAUGCGGAUGCUCUGGGCUUCCUGGAGCGCUUCGGCUACAUGGGCGACACGAGCCGCAACGCGGUGCUUCCCUCGGACAACCUGCGCACCGAGCAGGGCUUCCGGUCGGCGCUGCGGCGCAUGCAGCGCUUCGCGGGACUCCGCCCCACCGGACAGCUGGACGCCGAGACCAUGGCGAUGAUGAAGAGGCCGCGCUGCGGCGUGCCCGACGUCAUCGGGCACGCCGAGCGCGUCAGGCGAUACGCGCUGCAGGGCGCCAAGUGGGACAAGACAGAACUCACGUGGAGCGUGGAGGAGUUCCCGCGCCGUGCCGACCGCGGCAUGAUCCGCUCGGCGAUCGGCAAGGCGCUGAAGGUGUGGAGCGACGCGUCCAAGCUGCGCUUCACCGAGAUGGCCGCCGCGUCGAGCCGCCGCCGCCGGCCCGGCGACGAGGGCGGCGCCGACAUCGCCGUGUCGUUCGCGAGGCUCGACCACGGCGACGGCUACUCGUUCGACGGGCCGGGCACCGUGCUGGCGCACGCCUUCUUCCCCGGCGAAGGCAUGGGCGGCGACGCGCACUUCGACGCCGAUGAGAACUGGAUCACCGGCACGCCCUCCAGGGACUCCAACGAGGUGAGCCUGUUCGCUGUGGCGGCGCACGAAUUCGGCCACUCGCUGGGCCUGUCCCACUCGUCGGUUCCCGGGUCGCUCAUGUACCCCUACUACCAGGGAGUCAAGGACGACUUCCAGCUGCCGUACGACGACAAAGUGGGCAUCCAAAGGCUCUACGGCGCCAAGUACCCGACCAAGUGGGCGUCCAUGCAGCCCAUCAUCCCGCGGACGACGACGCCGUCUCCCGCGGGACGGGGGCCGCACGGACGACAGCCGGUCGCAGGCGGAGAGCCCCGGGACAGGCAGCCCCCCCGGCAGCCAGCGCCCAGGCCGCCCCAGUCCCCGCCGCAGACGCCGGUGGACGACGGGAAACCCGACGGCUGCAGCACUUCCAUCGACGCCAUCGCCGUCAUCCGACGCGAGCUGUUCGUCUUCAAAGGAAAGUACUUCUGGCGUAUCAACGACCAGGGUCUCAAACCCGGCUACCCCGUGGAGAUCAGUCUCUUCUGGUACGACCUACCCGCUAGCCUCGAGAAGAUCGACGCGGUCUACGAGAGGCCCGACCAAAAGAUCGCCUUCUUCAUAGGUAACCAGUACUGGCUGUUCAGCAGCAACCGUCCCUUGCCUGGCUACCCACGGCCAUUGACCAACCUAGGCUUGCCGGCAAGCCUGACGCACGUGGACGCCGCCAUGGUGUGGGGCCACAACGGGAAGACGUACUUCUUCAGUGGUGACCAGUACUGGCGCUACGACGAGUUUGACCGCAGUGUCGAGUUCGACUAUCCCCGGCACAUGCGGAUGUGGCGAGGCGUGCCGAACAGCGUCGAUGCCGCCUUCCAGAACACCGACGGCCAGACGUACUUCUUCAAGGGACAGAAGUUCUGGCGGUUCAACGAUCGACGCAUGCAUGUUUACAACAGGACGAAACAUGUUGGCGAGUGGUUUGGCUGCCCUGUGGCAAAGGCCUCCUAUGCAGAUGAGCACAGUGCACUGAGCAGCACUGCGCUAGUUACACUGGCCUCAACCCCACUUCUUAUACUCAUCACAGCCCUCACACUGGCCGUUGGGCAAAGAUCUUGAUCAUGGCCACUAGUUAUAAGGGUCCACAUUUAAGUAUGGAUGCCCUGCUGAUAUGGUGCACAAUGAGGGUAGUGUGCCGGUAUUGUUCCGGUGAAGGUGCUGGCUGCAGUCAUGGUGAGAAGCAACCAUGCAGUGGAAUAGCCAUCAGUUCUGGAGGGCGCCUUGAUGCAGUGGGUGAAGGAAACUACUUUUUGUACUUCUGUUGACUGUCCAUGUUCAGUUAUCAUGCAGUGCUCAAACUCAGUUUAAUUGGUACUAUUGCACCAGCUAAGAAAAAAAACAUCCUGCUACAGCCGACUCCAGCUAAUUUGACACCUGUGAGACUGCAAGAUUUGGUCGAAUAAUCUGAAAAGCCAGAUUUACUAAUAGUGGUGAAAUGAAUGUAUUCAAAUAUUUAUUAUUACUUGAGGUAGCAUAUAAUGUCUUUCAGCUUGUUACUUUUGAAGCUGGAGUUAACCUACACGCAGCACCGAGCGCCAGCAUAUUCCUAAGCUGCCUCACUUUUUAACUGAAAGGAAAACUAAAGUAAAACAGCUUCACCCCUCGGGAAGCAGUAGUGCUGUAUGCUAAAUUUAUUGUGUUUUUAAGCAAUAGUAACCACUGUGGCGCAUGAAGAGAUGCCAGUAAGGGUUGAAUUAUCCAAAGCAGCAUGCUUUUGUGUUCAAAGUAAGCAAGUUUUUCUACCAUAGCAAUGUACUGUUUCAUGAUGCGAGUUUUCAAUGCGUUCGAAUGAACCGAGGUCGAAUUAACGAGAGUCGACUGUAUUAUAGUAUGUGUGCGCUGAUAAAGAUCUCCAAAUGUUUGCCAAAAUUUUUACAAGUAGAUGUAAAAGGUGCUACAAUAGCACCAACUACAACCAGCACCUUACAAUAGUGGUAUCAUAGACUCAAUGCAUUUUUGCAUGCUCGUUACUUGUGAUCAGCCUACGUUUGCCCACUCUGUUCUUGAAGCAAAAGCACUUGAACAAGUUUUGAGCAAUGCACGUCUGUUUCUUAAAAUGGCUACCUCAACGAAGACUGCCACUAAGCAAUGCACACAUUGAUAAUAUGCCUGCCCUCUACACAGGAGAGUGAAAAUUUCAGUCUUUAUCUCCGCUAAUAUAAUUGGCAGAUUAUCUUCACUGUGUGUCCAUGAAAUACUCACUAGCCUUUGCAUCACAGGUACCAUUUCAGCAGAAGGUCUGGGAAAUAAGACUUGUAACUUGUGCCAGUAUGACACAGGCAUAUGGCUUGACAGACACCCCUGUAAAUUCACUAUAAAUAAUUUAGUAUGAAGCUUUGCCUUUUAUCUAUCAAUUUCAGUCAAAUGUUUGUGCAACAUUUUCAAUGAAGUAGUUUAAAUACAUGAAUCACUUGCGAUAAUUCAUAUCCUUUGUCUCAGUAUGCCUUUGCUUCAAGAUUGCGCCAUCAAGAGCUGUGGCUGAAAAUUCCUGUUGCAAUGCACUUUUGUGCUACAAGACGUUCCAGGUGCGUUGUUUCCAGUGUGAUAUAAGGACUGUGUGCCAUUUGCAUUAUUUAUUUCAUUCAGCCAUUUUUUUAUCCUUUUAUGUCUACAUAUUGAUGUGAUGUCUUUCCCUGUAUUUUGGUAAUCAAUACUGCUUUUUUUAAGUAUGUGACGCUAUUGUUCUGUGCAGAAGAAACUGCAAAAAGUGCUAUAUUGAGUGCACAUGGCCAUUUAUAGCAAGAAGCAGUCGGGGUGAAUGACUGUGUAAUUUCAAACCAAAUACUGCUGCUGGUACAGACGUGCUAACCAACCUGGUAAUGAUACUUUUUGAAGAUGAAUGCAAGGGAGUGACAGUGGAACUUCGUGGCAAUUUUUGGAGGCCAAGUUGUCGUUUGAAGGGCCCCUCACCAGGCCCCAUAGCAAAUUUUGGUUAUAGGCUGGCAGUUGUUAUGUGUCUUCUAGGGAGUGUUCUGCCGCAAAAAUUUGUCAAAUCGGCUCAUUAAUAGCCGAGAUAGAAAUAUUUCAGUGCCGCGAACCCAUGAUUUCAGCAGGCAGGCUCCACUGCCAAGCAAGACACUCUCUCUCCACUUGCCCCAUCUAGCCUCCGCAAGCAAAAUUUCUUCCUUGCGUUCUCCCAUACCAGACCUUGAGGAUCGCGUAAUGCAUACGUCACAGGCCCUGCCUUCAUUUUUUUUUCUCCUCAGUUUUUUUUUUUCCGGCGCUACGCAUUUCUGCUGAUGGCAUCGCACGCGAGCUGUUGUCUCGUUCGUGCAGCGCAUGAUUUUGCACGCUGUGCACAAAUAAACAUGACUAGCGGUAUAAUUCAGUGCUACACGAAUACUGAGGCAGAACAAGCAGAUUGCAGAGCAUGAUCACGCGCUGGAGCCCGGUAGAAAAUGGCGUAGUUUCUGUACCUACACACGUGACCGCACGACCGUGGGAACAAACAGAUGAAGCGGAAGUACAUCUCUCUUGCUUUGGUUUGAAGUAAAGCAAAAAAACAUGCAGACAUUCCGUUUGAGUGUUUAUUUCUCUAAACUUCAAUUCGUCAAUUCAAGCAACAGAUCACACAAAUAACAGAUGGUGCCUUGAAUAAUUCUCGAAGUCAUAUGUCACCACAAGCGACAUCACACUGCGGACUCGAGUACGUAGGCGCAGGGAUGCGAGUACGUCAUCCUCCGGCUUGGAGCGCGGUGGCCGCGAGGAGAAGGAAACAUGGCGUUAGGUUUGAAAUUUCACAUCUUUCCGUGGUGUGUAGCGAUGUAAUACUUUGCAGACAUGAUCGUUAUCAUGAAAUGUAUCCUCUGCGCUUGUCAGCUCAAAAUGGCCAGACCUGGUGAGGGGCCCUUUAAAAUGCAAAGUACCUUUUAGCUUAAAACAGUGAAACUAGAUGAAGUUGAUAUAUCUACUUUAAGCUCAAUUGUACCAGAGUAAUGGAGAUUGGCUGUUCAAACACAGCCUGUAAAAAGAAGUUACUUAUUUUUACAUAUUCAAUAUUAAACAUGGACCACUCACCAUGCAGUUAUGGAAAGCACCUAUGUGCCAUUUCAUAAAGAGAAAGACAAAUUAAUCCUUGAGAUUCACCUUAAUGCACCCAUGUGAGCAUAACCAUUAAUGUAAAAACUCAGUUAUCAAGAGGUUCAGUGCAGUGCCUCUGUGAUUAUAUAGUAGUUUUCGGUAUGACUAGAACUAAAAGGCUUGCCACAAACCAUAAAUGUACUUGAAAGAAUUUUGUCAGUGAUGCAUGCUAGAGUGGCACUGCUGCUGUAUCAUGCACCAUCAGUAAUAAUGCAGCUAGGUGAGCUAGCUUGUAUAUGUUUUGGAAGCAAACUGCGCUAAACAUCUGAUAAGAACAAGAAGCACACUGUCUUGCAUCAUCUAGUUCCUUUGUUAGUGCUGUUUGCUUCGAAAAUAUGCACCACCACAGAGGGUUUAUCUAUUCACUUGCACUCGGAGACUUUGCGAUGGGGCUUGCAAUGAUACACCUGACAUUGUUUGCAGUGCUCCUUAAUUGUCUAGGUUUCACAAUGCACACUGCUGCUCACACAUUCUGGCAGAAGCUUGCUCCUCACAACCAGACUUGAGCACUCUAGCACAGUUUGUGAAAACAAAUGUACCACUUCAAAGAUAAAAAUCAAUCCUGCAAUUAUGUAGUUCCAAGGUAAUCUAUACACUAGAGACUUUAUCUCAGAAUGUAGGUGUGAACUGCCUUAAGAUGGCCUCCUAUGCUUUGCGCAGAAUUCGUGGGGCUAUGUUUAUAUGAAGAAAGUACCAACGAAUCUCUGGUAAGAAAAGUUCUACUGUGUAACACGUAGGCUCUUUCUUCUAAAUUUAUUCUUAGCUUAUUUGUAAAACCAUACAAUGCACACGCAAGUAUGCUCAUGCUAGGAAAUAUUUAUGGUGUUUGCAUUCCACUGUGGUGCUUGUAAAAGUAGAAUUGAUGCAUCUCUUGUAUGAUGCCAUUUCACAAUGCUGCUGUGCCUCUUUGUGCUUUUGCCUUGUGCUUUUGCCUCGCAAAUACCCGCUCCGAGCCUCUUCAAGAAUCACAAAACAAAUGUUACUAUGCCCAGUGCAGUGUAGCUUGUCUGUUUGGCUGCCACACAAGACCUUGUAUAUCUUCCAGAUUAAAGUGCUGCCAAUGGUGUAUUUCAUGUUGUAACAUUUCAGAUUGUUGACAUGGGCAUUAUGCCUGUGAAGCUUUCGAUGUCUAUAAGAGAUGUUUCAGCAAAAGUCCAAAAAAAUAAUGCAUGAACUACUACUGCUUUAAAAUACGGAUAUGUCAUUCACGCUGUUACUAGAGUGCUCGGCCUUUAUGCUACAUGCUUUUGGGAUAUCUUGUUUAUUCUGCAUCGUCAGAUAUGUUAUGCACAUCCAAAAAUGUGUGUUGUUUUAAGGCACUUUUUAUACAUGUGUAUACAUCUAGUUUUGUUUAUUACAAUAUGUAUGACUUUUUGUAUAUAGACAGUGUAAAUACAUUUUAUUUUGAUGAUUACAAGUGUAUGAAUGGAUUUUCCAAAAAUCUAAAGGAGCCACAGUAAAUGCACAAGACUAUAAAAUGACAGCAUGAAUCCAAGACAAAGUGUGAGCGAUGCUACCUUUUCUAGUCAGCCAAUUUUACAGGCAGUCAGUGAAAUGACCACGAAACAAGAGGAGCUGAAGUAACUAUUUGAACCCAGGGAAGGGUGGUCAAUUGCUCAUAUAAAGCUAUAGAUGCAUGACCUUAUAAUGUAUUUGCUGAUUAACCAGAAACGCUUUGCAUAACAGGCUACGCCAUUGAAGAUGUGUCCUCAUGAUGCUGUAAAUUAAAACAAUCUCUGGAAUGUUCUUUUAGGGACCAAAGUAGCCUCCCUUAUGCUGCACUUGUAGAUAAGCCAGUCUGCUUAUCCAGAGCAUGACAUAAGUGUGUCAUGGUCUGCUAGUUUUAGCACCAAGGAAAGAACAUGGGUGAAUGAACAUAGCAAAGAGUGCCACUUAGUUUUGGAGAGCAGGUGUUCAUUGUUUCAUAGCUGAAAACAACAAAAAGAAAUAAACACAACUUCUUUAGAAUAGCUUCAAAACUCUGCUGCCUCUAUCACUUGCAUGUGGUGUUCAGGCAAUUUUCAGGGCAUUGUUUAUUUUUCUCAUGGCAUACAGAUAAAGAUUAUGACAAUAACUGUAGCUCAUGCAAUGAGCAGAGUGUGUUGCUUAUAUCUGAACAUUUGUCUGUGUGCCCAAAGAGCUUAUGUUUUGGUUCACAAGGCACAAAGACGACUCUGCUGUCAAUAUGCUUGACAUUGAAGAUGCUGAUGUAAAUUUUCUAUAAUGAGGUAAUGCUCCAAGAUAAACUAAAAAUUUAUGGCCUUUCAAUUUUGGCUUUUGCAAAUUUUGAACAAGGACAGAAGUUAGUACUCAACUACGGAAACUAACAUUUACUGCUUUGAAUACCAAAAGCUUUCAAUUUUGAUAAUGCUUAUUCCUGGGAAACAUGUCAAACCCAAUCUACAUAGAGCUUGCAUGACAUGUGAUUGCAGGAAAAAUCUGGACAUACCAGUGAAUGAAGGGCCCAAAAUGAAAAAAAAAAAAAAGACAUCAAGCUGUCAGCUCCCCUAACACAUCCUGACAGAAUUUCUAAACACCUUUUAUUUGCUGUACCUCCUGUCUAUCACAACACAGUCUACUCUUUCAAAUAUAAAUGCAACAAAUAAUAUGAAGUGUUUCUGCGUGCAUACGAGCAUAUUACUCAAGGUCAUAUACAUAAACUGAGCAGUGACUGUAUAUGGCUUCCUGCUAUGAGUCAGUGGCCAGGAUUAAGCAACACAGCAGGCUGAAUACAUGGCAUUUUUCCUGCACAAGAUACAAGGUCCAAGGCCAGUCGACAGUACACUUGAAACACAGGCUGCCAAGAUUGAUAUGACAACAACAAUAAAGAAAAAAUAUUCUGGAGCCCACUUGGCUCAACUGCUGUGCACCACUGCAGAGAAACAAAUGGUUGUGUAAACUUUUUUUAUUGAUAUGUGCUUUGCCUAUACUAUGAACAAACAGACAUGGUGUGCCUUUUAUAUGUUAAGCAAGCAAUUUAUGAAUGUGUCUUUAUACUGUGAAACAGGUUGCCCUCUGCUGAUUUGUAUUUGAAAUUUGUGCACUGUGAGAAAUAAAAAAAAAAACUUUCAUCACCAA